GAAGAUCCUAACCAAUCGAACCCCCAGUAUCCGUCCAUAAGCCUCAACAAUGAAGUCGGCUGCGUUUACAGCCUUACUGGCUGCCACUUUGGCGGAAGGCCAUUACAUUUUCUCUCAACUUAUCGUAAAUGACAAGGCUGUCGGUCAGGACUACACCUACGUCCGAAAGAACAGCAACACCUACAUGCCGUCUUUCCCCAACGAGGUUAUCGACUCUCCCGACCUAAGGUGCAACAAGGGCGCCACGGCCGGCAGCACCCAGACCUACUCCGUCAACGCCGGUGACAAGAUCGGGUUCAAGCUCGCGUACAACGAGUUCAUCGAGCACCCCGGCCCGGGUUUCGUCUACAUGUCGAAGGCUCCUGAGUCGGGCGUCGCUUCGUACGACGGCUCGGGUGACUGGUUCAAGGUGUACGAGAUCGGUCUCUGCAACCCCAGCACCCCGGGCAACGACGGCUCCUGGUGCACUUGGCAGAAGGACCGUAUCGAGUUCACGAUCCCCAAGGAGAUCCCCGCCGGCGAGUACCUCGUCCGUGUCGAGCACAUCGGCCUUCACGAGGCGUUCAAGGACCGCGCGCAGUUCUACAUGGAGUGCGCUCAGCUCAAGAUUGCCAGCGACGGAAAGGGAACUCCUGGCCCCCUAGCCAAGAUUCCUGGUAUCUACAAGGCUGCCGACUCCGGUAUCAAAUUCGACAAGUGGAACAGCCCCAAGGCUAACUCAUACGUCAUGCCCGGCCCUGCUAUCUGGAAGCCAUAGAAUGGACAUUAAAGUAGAUUCAGCUCUUGAUCGGUUCAGCCAUCGGUACUGAGGAGAUGGUUGGGAUUACUUCAGGAUAACCUAAGCUACGCUUCGUAGGAAGGACUUAACAAUUUCAAGUCAGUCCUAGAUUACCUAGCUAUCGUACAGUAUUAAACUGCAAGUAUGACAAUAUUGGAACCUUCGUAUUAUAAUCGAUGAGGCCCGUAUAUGGCAUUGCCAUAUACCGAUAUACAUUCAACUUAUACACUCUUUCAAUAACCGGGGUUAAAGUGUUACUUAACAUAGCGUCACAUAUAAUAUUAGCGACCUAGAAAUAAUGAGUUAGUUGUAUAGAGAC